AUGGAAGACGAAUCCGCACGGGUCUCUGACGACUACGUCUCGGACACCUCGGUGUCGAAGAUCAGCAGCUCUAGCUGCGCUACAGUCACGACCGAGAUCUACACUGAGUCGGAGUUUGUCAUUGAGAUCAAGCACGAGAUAAUACCCGAGGAUCCGUUACUCUCUAAAGUCAUGAAUGUGUGCGUCAUGUGCGACAGGCCAGCAACUGUGCCAUGUCUGGAAGUGUUUGACACCGACUACCAAGUUAUCACCCCGAGAGAUGUUCCCGUGACCACGAUGAGUAACUUCGUGUAUAUGGCAUCCUAUAGUCUGAAGGGUAUGUUCGGUGCAGAGGAGAUCAAUCAAUCCCUGGCUGUCCUAACCAAAGGACUUAUCCCCUUUAUUCCUGGGACGGCGAUUAUUGCGGCACUGUCAUGGUCUCCUGAAAGAACAUCGCCCCUCAAUCUCGAGGAUGUCACCGGCCGUGACAUUGUAUUUGCACUAGACAAAUUGAGGCUGGAGAAUGUUGGGGUGUGCAACCCUGAUCCACGUCGCAAUAACCUACCUUCGGUGCCUGGUAUCAAGAUCACCGACUUUAGCAACCCAUUUCUCGCGCGUGCAUUUGGGGCUGAUCAUGGAAUUGAGAGCUUGCAGCCGGUUCAGGUCUUGGAAAGAGAAAUGCGCUAUGAAGGGCAUGGGAAGAUGUUUGGCUGCACCAUUCCCUUUCUCCUCGGUUUGCCUUGGAUUACGCGUGCCGAUAAUGACCCUCGGUGGGCGAUAGAAAGGAGGAAAAUCGAAAAGCCAAUCAAUCUCCGCUACCUGAAUUUUCAAUUCAAUGCGGCAGAUGAGCGGCGGAUCUUGGAAAACAUUUGGUUGUAUAACAACGAAGAUUGGCAGGCAGCACCGGGUCACUACGGAACCUUCGUUCUCGUACAUUUGCUGGGAGUCAAAAUCUACCCUUACCACAUCUCGGCCUUAUGCGACUAUCUUGAUUACUGUUUCGAAUUCACUAUCACUCCGAGCAAGGAAGGGUUUCUUGACUCUUGGCAACAGUGGUGUCAGGCGCAUGACGGAGAUCGGGACAAGUUUAUCUCACCUUACGAUACUGGCGAUCUAGAGGAAGCGGAUCGUCUCGACGAUGGCUCCAAAUCACCAGCCAGGAAUUUGUAGGGCGAAUUUGGUGAAUGCCUGAUCAAAGAUAUCGAGGAUUGUUCUGCCGUCAUAUUCGAAGAUCUGUGGCCGGUUGUCUUUGGAAAUGCAUGGGCCGUUGAGGAUUCGACAUGUGGGUCUGCUCCAAGCGACGGUGACGGCGCUUCAUUGAUGGAACCCCUUGGCAAACCUAUUGUGCCAUCCAUUGAGGACGGAUCGUUGCGCGCCGAAUCCCGAUCACCACCUGUUUCAAGACGGUCGACUUCCAGUCCGAACCAACUCUCUGAUUCCCCCUUGUUGCCGUGAUAGAGUGAUGUUACGGGUCAUAUUCCUCGGCGUUUUGGUUGGUCUGAGCUGGGUAUCAAACGGUUCGUGGGAUUCGCGCUCUUCGAAUAGGAUAGCAUGCUGUCGAAACAUUCUUGUGGUUCAGUUCAGCAUGCAAUGUAUUAUUAUGGUAGAAAAUACGAGGUAUGGAUGCACU